GUUUGAAACUGUCAGGUUGCUGCUAAGUAGCCCCUGUACUGGCUGUGAUCUCCGCAGGACGCGGCGAGUGGACGCGGACGGAGGAGGCCGAGUUCCUGCAGGGCCGCGACGUAUUUGUGCAGAAUGUCAUCAGAUGAGGAGAAGUGCUCAGUUCCAGUUAUGCAGAAUGACUCCAACCAGGGCAGUUCAGUCUCUUCAGAUCUUCAGGAAGAGUAUGAAGAGCUGCUUCGUUAUGCUGUAGUGACUCCAAAUAUUGAAUCCGGUGCUUCACAACCAUCUCAUUCUAAGGGAGAAGUGGUGCCAGAUGUUAGAUUUCCUCCUGUAAUUGAUUAUAUUCUUCAUAAUCAAGUAAGAAAUAGCCUGGUAGAAAGAGAAACAAGGACCGAAGUUGGAAAAGGAUGUGAUUUAAAUAUUUCAAGUCGUUCAAAGACAGAAGGGUCAUCUCCGGUGUCAUCACCAAGGAAACCUUCUCAUCCUGUCAUGGAUUUUUUCAGUUCGAAUCUUUUCGGUGACUCUUCCUCACCAGGUUCUAAUUCUAGUCAUGCAGGUGUCCAUGAAAUAGUUGUGGGCGAUUUUCUUGUUUCUGAAGAAAACCUUCAGAAGGUGGAAAAUGUAUUGGAUCUUUGGAGCUCAGGUCUUAAGACAAACGUCAUAUCUGAACUAACAAAAUGGAGACUAAAUUUUAUUGAUUGGCACCGUAUGGAAAUGAAAAAAGAGAAAGAAAAACAUGCAGCACAUUUAAAACAACUGUGCAACCAGAUCAACAGCUUGAAGGAACUGCAAAAAGCCUAUGAAAUCUCCAUUGGGAGAAAAGAUGAGGUGAUUUCCAGCUUGUCUCAUGCCAUAGGCAAGCAAAAGGAAAGGAUAGAGUUGAUGAGAACAUUCUUCCACUGGCGAAUUGGCCAUGUCAAAUCCAGACAGGAUGUUUAUGAAGGUAAACUAGCUGACCAGUACUUCCAGAGAACUUUACUGAAGAAAGUCUGGAAAGGCUGGCAUUCCACGGUGCAAAAGAAGUGGAAAGAUGUGGUGGAACGAGCUUGUCAAGCCAGAGCUGAAGAAGUUUGUGUCCAGAUUUCCAAUGAUUAUGAAACCAAAUUUGCUGUGUUAUCUGGAGCUUUAGAAAAUGCAAAAGCUGAGAUCCAAAGAAUGCAGCAUGAAAAAGAGCACUUCGAAGAUUCCAUGAAGAAAGCUUUCAUGCGGGGGGUGUGUGCAUUAAAUCUUGAAGCCAUGACGAUAUUUCAAAACAGAAAUGAUACAGACCAAAAGGAAGAUUAUGGGCCUGGCGUUCAAGGAAAAGAACAUCCUGCUCGUUUGGAUCCUUCGGCUCCCAUACCCUCAGCAGCUGCACCAGCACCGUCCCUGUCAGCAGCGACCAUGGGAGUGACCAGCGCUGCUGCCUUUCCCUCUGCCACUUCCAUCACUUCCGCCGGGGCUGCUUCCGCCUCCUCUGUUUCUGCUGGUGCCGGGCCCACAGCUCCUGCUGCACCAGAAGACACGUAUGUACCCAGAGUUGUGACAUCUGCACAGCAGAAAGCUGGAAGAACAAUUACAGCCCGGAUCACAGGAAGAUGUGAUUUUGCUUCAAAAAAUAGAAUUAGUAGCAGUUUAGCUAUAAUGGGAGUUUCUCCUCCCAUGAGCUCAGUUGUUGUGGAAAAACAUCAUCCAGUCACAGUGCAAACCAUUCCUCAGGCUGCUGCAGCAAAAUACUCCCGGACUAUUCAUCCUGAAAGUGCUACCUCAGCUUCCAGACCUCUCGGAACCAGAUCAGCUCACACCCAGUCUCUCACAAGUGUUCAUUCCAUCAAAGUGGUUGACUAAAGUGAAAAUGUUCACAUUAAGAUUUUUUAAGUCAUCUGGUUUUACCAAGAAUUAGAAGUCUUUCGUUUCUAAUUUUUCCAUAUUCUUAGAACAUCAUGGAUACAUCAUGUUCAUCUUUCAAAAUUACAAGAGACUUUUUAAAGCCACACCAUCCUUUGUAA